AUGGCGGCGUCGGAGGCGGCGGCGGCUGGGCCCCCGGCGGCGGCGGCAGGCAUCCCAGCCUCCCCGGCGACCAGGAGGGAGGCCGCCGCCGCCUCAGGCCUGUGGGGACCGUCGGAUCCCCGGCUGAGAGGCAGCCGACCGCGGUCUGCAGCGGUGAGGCCACAGCCCACGGCGCCGGGGCCACCGGCCCGCGAGCUGAUUCAGCCGUCCGUGAGCGAGCUGUCCUGGGCCGUGCGCACCAACAUCCUGUGCACCGUGCGCGGCUGCGGCAAGAUCCUGCCCAACAGCCCCGCGCUCAACAUGCACCUGGUCAAGAGCCACCGGCUGCAGGAUGGCAUAGUAAAUCCAACAGUAAGAAAAGAUUUGAAAACCGUCCCAAAAUUUUACUGCUGUCCAAUUGAAGGAUGUCCUCGAGGUCCUGACAGACCAUUUUCUCAGUUUUCUCUCGUAAAACAGCACUUUAUGAAGAUGCAUGCAGAGAAGAAGCAUAAAUGCAGCAAGUGCAGCAACUCUUAUGGGACUGAAUGGGACUUGAAAAGACAUGCAGAGGACUGUGGCAAGACCUUCCAGUGCACGUGUGGCUGUCCCUAUGCCAGCAGAACAGCUCUGCAGUCUCACAUCUACCGAACCGGCCAUGAGAUCCCUGCAGAACACAGGGAUCCACCUAGUAAAAAAAGGAAAAUGGAAAACUACCUACAAAGCCAGAAGUUACCCAGAAUGACCACUGAAUCACUGAACGGCCAACCAACCCCUUCACCAGACACUCACAAACUAGAAGCUUCAGAGAUGAAACUCAUAGCAUCUUUUGAAGACUCUUGCAGCUCUAAUGCCAAAAAACAGAGUGUCACAACACCUCCAAGAUAUCCUCAGAAGUUGCUUCUGCCAAAGCCCAAAGUGGCUCUGGUUAAACUUCCAGUCAUGCAGUUUUCUCCCAUGUCUGUCUUUGUGCCUACAGCCGACUCUUCCGCCCAGCCUGUGGUGUUAGAUGUGGAUCAGGGCUCCGCUGCGAGUGCUGUGCACUUGGUGCCCUUGUCAGUAGGAACCCUGAUCCUCGGCCUACAUUCAGAGGCCUGCUCUCUGAAGGAGAGCCUACCUCUUCCAAAAAUCAUCAGUCCUGUUGUUGAUCCAGUGAGUACAGGGGUUCAAGUGAACUUGGGUAAAAGUCCAUCUAAUCCCUUACAAGAACUAGGAAAUGCAUGUCAAAAGAACAGCAUUACUUCAAUCAAUGUGCAAACGGAUGUGUCCUUUGCCUCACCAAACUUGAUACCUUGUGCUCCAUGGCUCGGCCCUGAUUCCUCUGUGUCGUCUUGUUCUCAGACUGAUCUAUCAUUUGAUUUUCAAGUGUCCCUUCCCAUUAGUGUUCAUACCCAGACAUUAAUACCCAGCACAAAGGUCACUUCAUCCAUAGCUGCUCAGACUGACACAUUUAUAGACACUUGUUUCCAGCCAGUUGGGAUUUCUAGAGAAACCCAAACCAGCAGGAUGCAAAGUUCCUCAAAUGACCAUGUACAGGUGGACCAAGGUGGAUUGUGUGGAGACAUCUUUGAGAGUGUCCAUUCAUCAUAUGGUGUUCCUGCAGACAACAUGAUGAAUAGCAGCUUAGUAGCAGAGACAAUAACUCAUGGUUUGUUACCUCAGAAUGACUCUAAGAUUUUAAACCAAGUUAUUGAAAAAUCUGCACCCAUGCUGAACUUCAGUACACAGAAUAGCAUGCUUCCUCCACAGAACAUGACAGAUAAUCAGACCCAAACUAUAGACUUGCUAAGUGACUUAGAAAACAUCUUGUCAAGUAACCUGCCUAGUCAGACACUAGAAAACCGGACUCUUUUGUCUGACACAAAUCCUGGGUCUGAUACACAGCUUCCACCUGGCCCCACCCAGAACUCUGUAAUUGAUUUUGUUAUUGAAGAGUUUCUUUCAGCCUCAAAUAUUCAGACUCAGACAGAAGAGAGUGAACUUAGCACCAUGACCACUGAACCAGUCUUGGAAUCCCUGGAUAUAGAAACCCAAACUGACUUCUUAUUUGCAGACCCCUCUGCACAGCCCUAUGGGUGCAGGGGAAACUCAAACUUCUUAGGCCUUGAGAUGUUCGACACACAGACACAGACAGACUUAAACUUCUUUUUAGACAGUAGCCCUCAUAUGCCCCUUGGCAGCAUUCUGAAACACUCCAGCUUCUCCAUGAGCACCGACUCGUCUGAUACAGAAACCCAAACCGAAGGAGCCUCCACUGCCAGAAGUAUGCCUACUUUAGAGAGUAAGGUUCAGUUGAACAGUGCAGAAACACAGACCAUGAGUUCUGGCUUUGAGACCCUGGGGAGCUAGUUCUUCACCAGCAAUGAAACCCAAACAGCAAUGGAUGACUUCCUUCUGGCUGACCUAGCCUGGAACACGAUGGAGUCUCAGUUCAGCUCUGUGGAAACCCAGACAUGUCCUGAGUUGCACUCCAUCUCCAACUUCUGAAGGUGGUGGUCACCUGGAGAUGACACUUACUCCUUCCCAGCAGGUUUAGAGCAUGGGGAACAAGGACAACAGUACUGCCUCAGGAAUGUCAUGAAUGGUGCAGCUGUUUAGUCUCUGCAGUUCUUUGCCUUCCAUACUUGUAAACAUGAAGUUUGUAUAUAAAUAUGAAUGUAUUAUACACUGUAAGAUGUUGUCUAAAAAUGUUUUUGUGUUGCCUGUGUUUGCUCUUCUAUAGCUAGUCAUUCCAUCGUUGAAGUAUUUCAUACUGUAGAAUCUAUACAGCCGUUUGGGAGAAGCCAACCAUACCAUGUACUAGGGCGCAAAUUUUGCAAAUCUUCAAAAUGUUUCCACAAGUGCAGCAAAUUUAGGUGGCAGCACACAGACGCUUUCGGCCGCUGCAUCUGCCUGGGCACUCCUGCGUGCAGGCACACUGCUUUUC